ACUCUCUGCUGCCCAUAGCGGCGAAUUGAUCCAGCAUCUCUUGCACUGGGUGUAUAGGGCGAAUGGAUACGGGAAAAUGCAGUGAAAAUAUGUAAUUCAGCGCAUUUUCAAUGUUUUAACAAUUGCGAUGAGGGAAAGAAAGUAUGAGAGGGUGGAUUUUCUCUUGUGCCGCUGCGGAGUAUGGGCCGUUAUCUUGAGAGAAAUGCGGAGUAUUUUUCCCCAUAGGUGUUAACGCAGAAAAUACAAGAUGAAGAAGCAAUUCAAUCGAAUGCGACAGCUCGCCAACCAAACGGUGGGCAGGGCAGAAAAAACUGAAGUGUUAAGCGAUGAUCUUCUGCAGGUGGAGAAGCGGUUGGACCUGGUCAAACAGGUGACCCACAGCACUCACAAGAAGCUGACCGCCUGCCUGCAGGGCCAGCAAGGGGCUGAAGAGAGAGAGAAGAAAUCCGUCAAGUCUCCCUCGAAAAAGCUUCCACUAACCAUCCUGGCACAAUGUAUGGUAGAAGGAGCUGCUGUGUUGGGAGACGACUCUCUACUAGGGAAGAUGCUGAACCUGUGUGGGGAGACAGAGGAGAAGCUGGCCCAGGAACUGAUUCAGUUUGAGUUCCAGAUAGAGAAAGAUGUGGUGGAGCCUCUCUAUGAGCUGGCUGAGGUGGACAUUCCCAACAUCCAAAAACAGAGGAAACAUUUAGCCAAGCUGGUCCUGGACAUGGACUCUGCUCGCACACGGUUUCACCAGUCGUCCAAGUCCUCCAGUCACCCUAGCAACCUGCAGGCGGGCGGGGCCAAGGGGGAGGCCCUCAGAGAGGAGAUGGAAGAGGCAGCCAAUAGGAUGGAGAUCUGCAGGGAUCAACUAUCAGCUGAUAUGUAUAAUUUUGUGGCCAAAGAAAUAGACUAUGCAAACUACUUUCAGACGCUCAUAGAGAUCCAGGCAGAAUAUCACAGGAAGUCUCUAGAGAUCCUCCAGAGUGUCCUGCCCACCAUUAAGGCUCACCAGGAGGCGUGGGUGGAGAAGCCUUCGUAUGGCAAGGCCCUGGAGGAACACCUGACCAUCAGCAGCAGAGAGAUCGCCUUCCCCAUCGAGGCCUGUGUCACAAUGCUGCUGGAGUGUGGCAUGCAGGAGGAGGGUCUGUUCAGAGUUGCUCCCUCGGCCUCCAAGCUGAAGAAGCUGAAGGCCUCCCUGGACUGUGGUGUUAUGGACGUACAGGAAUAUUCAGCUGACCCCCACGCCAUCGCAGGGGCUCUGAAAUCAUACCUCCGUGAGCUUCCAGAGCCACUGAUGACCAGUGAACUUUACGAGGACUGGAUUCAGGCGUCAAAUAUUCAGGAUAUGGACAAGAGAUUACAAGCUCUGCUGGCGGCGUGCGAAAAACUACCAACUGACAACUUGAACAACUUCAGAUACUUAAUCAAGUUCCUAGCCAAGCUAGGAGAUUAUCAGGACUCCAACAAGAUGACUCCUGGUAACAUGGCCAUAGUUCUGGGUCCCAACCUCCUCUGGACCCACUCCAACGAGAGUGGGAACAUGACAGAGAUGAUGACCACAGUGUCUCUUCAGAUAGUGGGGAUCAUAGAACCCAUCAUACAGCACGCUGACUGGUUCUUCCCUGGAGAUAUUGAGUUUAACCUGACGGGCUGCUACGGCAGUCCUGUCCACACCAACCACAACUCAAACUACAGCUCCAUGCCUUCGCCAGACAUGGACCAAUCAGAACGCAAGCUGCCGCAUGACCAUGGCAGACGCCCACUCAGCGUUGCCACUGACAACAUGAUGCUGGAAUUCUACAAGAAGGAUGGCAGCAUAAGGAAAAUACAAAGUAUGGGUGUCCGGGUGAUGGACACGUCCUGGGUGUCCCGUAAGGGUUCGUCCACCCUGGCCCGUAAGGCCUCGUCCACCCCUCCCAGUGUCCAGGGUCCUGGCUCCCCUGCUGACCACUCCCUCAUCCUGGAGCAGCCUGGAGAGCUGGCCCAGUCUCCCUCACCCCCACCUCAACCUGGGGAGAGGGACCGGAUCGGCUCAGACGACGUGUCGCCCAAUCGUCCGGACUCCUCUCAUGUCUACCCUCCCCCUGGGCCAGGGGAGGAGCGGCCGCCCCCUCCCUACCCCACCUCCACCCUACCCCACCUCGCCCCUCACCACUUCUACCCCCACCCCAAGGUCCUACCCUGUCCUCGCCCCGUGGCCCCAGGGCCAGAGUCCCAGCCCCCCGGCUCCCCUCCUCUCCCGCUGCGAUGGUCUGGCUUCACCCCCCCUCUCCCGCCUCCCACCUCCUCCUCUUCCUCCUCCUCUUCCUCGCUUGACAUCAACUCAAACCCCAAGCCCAGCUGCCUGCAUUUCCCCUCCAAACACGCCCUCCCGCACAGCCACCCGCUGCCAGGUGACAUGUCGCUGCCCCCUCAUGCUCCCCUGCCCCCCGAUAUGGGUAAGGCCUCGCCCCUCUACAUGAAAACCCCCUUGGUACUGGCCCGUCAUGACCUGUCCCUGGGCAUGAGCAUGGGCAACCCCCCUAGCUUGCUGUCCUCCGCCCCCCCGCUGUGGGCUACAUGUCCCUGUGCCAGAGAGAGAGGACUCCCCAGGCUGACUAGUACACUGAGGAGUAAGGAGAGCUCUCCAGUGAUUGGUCACAAGGGGGUGCAGGUGGCAGGUCCGACGGUGCCCCCUGGUGUUGGCCAGCAGAGCUGCAGCCAGUCGCCCCACUCCACAGAACACAGCCCACACACCAUGCGCAAAGUCUCUAAGAAGCCGGCCCCUAUCCCUCCAAAGGUUCCAGCUGGGUAUGGCCAAUCGGGUGGUUCUGGUGGGAUUUCGGACCAGUCCACAGGUCAGCCGUCGCCGGUCAGCCUGUCCCCCACCCCUCCGAGCACCCCCUCGCCCUAUGGACUGGCCGGUCCCCCACAGGCCCCUGGAGGACUAGGGGCCUCCUCCCCCGGUCAGACCCCUCUCUGUGGCUCCCUAGGGUCCCUGGGGUCCCUGUCCUCCCCCCCUUCUCUGACCGGCACGCUGGGCAAGUCUCGGCCCACCCCUAAGCCCCGGCAGAGGCCCAGCCUGCCCCCUCCUCAGCCGCCCACCGUUCCUCAGCCGGGGGCCACCCCUGUUGGCCCUGGGCCCCUGGAGCAGGGCAUCCUGGACGGACUGUCCCCCGGGGAGAGCAUGUCCACAGAUUACUUCAAUUAUGAAAUCCCCUCCAUCAAUGUGAACCUGGACAGCCUCAUCGAUGAGUUCAGCGGUGCUGCCCCCUGCAGGCGCUACGGAGCGGUGACACACUCUCCUCCCCCGCGGAGAGACGAUAACCCCGACCACGACCCCUACGCUGAGGACGACGAACCCCAGGACACCACCUUAUGACAUCGUUACCCUGAGACAGCCCUAUGAUGUGACAUCAUCAGAGCUUGCCCGAGGCUGGCACCGUGGCGCUCCUACAUCCAGCUAGCUGUACAUACUGUUAGAGACUGUAAUGCUCGCUCGCUCACACCGCACUGCCACGACGCUCCCAGACAAAACGAACAAACAAAGCUUCUUCUCAUACACCACAAUGCUCACCUGACCUUUGACCUGAAACUCCAGGUCUGAACCAUGACCUCUGACCUGGAACUCCAGGACUGAACCUUGACCUCUGACCUGGAACUCCAGGACUGAAUCCCCCCCCCCCCCCCCCCGCCCCCUCCCUCACAUUAUGCUAUACCUGCAGGCUGCAAGCAAAACUCAUCUCUUAGAAAUACUACGCAAAUAGUAAUGUAAACUCAAUGUGAGCAAACAAUAACACACCACAUACCAUAUAGAGGAGGACCAGUUGCCUUUGGAAGGAAGAAGACAUGUGGAUUAUAUGGAGGAGUAUUAAAUGCCAUGUUCAGUAUUAUAUUUUUGCUUUGUGGAUACUACAGUUUUUUUCCUCUCUUUGAAACAGUGAUCAGUAUUUUUUGUGACUUUUUAAGUAAUUUUUUUUGCCUUAUAUGAAAAGCCUGCACUUAAAUUGCAAUACAUGCAUCGCAUACUCACAAAUAGUUUGGCCUGACCCUAAAGGAAAGAAACUCUUAACCUGAUUGGUUGGGUAGAUGUGUGGGUAAAGUGGGUCUGAUUGGUUGGGUAGAUGUGUGGGUAAAGUGGGUCUGACUGGUUGGGUAGAUGUGUGGGUAAAGUGGGUCUGAUUGGUUGGGUAGAUGUGUGGGUAAAGUGGGUCUGAUUGGUUGGGUAGAUGUGUGGGAAAGUGGAUCUGAUUGGUUGGGUAGAUGUGCGGGUAAAGUGGGUCUGAUUGGUUGGGUAGAUGUGUGGGUAAAGUGGGUCUGAUUGGUUGGGUAGAUGUGUGGGUAAAGUGGGUCUGAUUGGUUGGGUAGAUGUGUGGGUAAAGUGGAUCUGAUUGGUUGGGUAGAUGUGUGGUUAGUGGGUCUUCAGGGUCAUGGUGUGUAGUGUACUGUAUUCCUAACAGGGUAAUAUGAUAAGAGAGUUAUUAGUCCUAGUUUUCUGCACACUAUAGAGAUGACGAUGAACAGAGUCUAUUGAAUAAUGCAGUAUGAAAUGCAUAACUAACCCUAUUCUGCGGACGGUUUGGGUCCAUUCCAUUUCAAUUCAGUCAAUUUAGGAAGUAAACUGUUUACUUUCUGAAUGAAUGAAUUGAAAUGGAAUGGACCCCAACCCUGAUGUCUGUGUCACCCCUGUCCCCAGUCCCUAUUCUUCCCACGUCUCCCCCAUGUACACAUAUCUGCAUUGAUACACAGUUAGGAGACAUCUGUAGGAUUGCUUUGUAAGUAGCAAUAAUUUAUUUGUACAGGGUUAAAGAUGAAUUCAUGCACAUAUUUUCACCAGCACAGUAAUAGAAUGUCUAUUGAAUUAGAACAUAGUGCAUUGUUGCUGUUCUCAGAAGGGGUUUUCAACUAUCAAACUGUAUCGUUAGACAAUAAUGAUGCACAUGAAAUAUGUUUUCGAGUUGGGUCCAGAAUACUAACUAGCCAUUUGAUUUAUGUUCCCAAAAUGAAGGCCCCUUAUUGCUUAAAACCUUUCUGGAUCCAAUAGCAGAGCUGUGCUCACAGAGACUGAGGAGUGACAUCAUACCUUUCAGACUGAGUGACAUCAUACCUUUCAGACUGAGUGACAUCAUACCUUUCAGACUGAGUGACAUCAUACCUUUCAGACAGGGGGGAGACAUCACAUCUUUCAGACUGACGACUGAUAUCAUACCUUUCAGACUGGGGGGAGACAUCACACCUUUCAGACUGGGGGGAGACAUCACACCUUUCAGACUGGGGGGAGACAUCACACCUUUCAGACUGGGGGGAGACAUCAUACCUUUCAGACUGAUGACUGAUAUCAUACCUUUCAGACUGGGGGGAGACAUCACACCUUUCAGACAGGGGGGAGACAUCACAUCUUUCAGACUGACGACUGAUAUCAUACCUUUCAGACUGGGGGGAGACAUCACACCUUUCAGACUGGGGGGAGACAUCACACCUUUCAGACUGGGGGGAGACAUCAUACCUUUCAGACUGAGUGACAUCACACCUUUCAGACUGGGGGGGAGACAUCACACCUUUCAGACUGGGGGGAGACAUCAUACCUUUCAGACUGAGUGACAUCACACCUUUCAGACUGGGGGGGAGACAUCACACCUUUCAGACUGGGGGGAGACAUCAUACCUUUCAGACUGAGUGACAUCACACCUUUCAGACUGGGGGGGAGACAUCACACCUUUGGCCUGGUUACACCUCUACUAAAGCUGCUGGAACCAUGCUGGAAAGAACCUUUUAAAAGGACAAUAUCCAAGCCAGCACAAUACUGUUUGGUUUUGCAAGAUAGUGUGAAAAGGGUAUUAGAGCUUGAUACAGAAGGGGCAGUCUGAGAGGACCAAUUAUGUUCCUCCUCAAAACUGCACAUAAAACAACCAAUCAGAUCCAAAGGCUCCAAAGACUGCUUCAGGUUCUAAAGAUGUUUCUCUCUUAACUCCAGAAUCUGUAGUCCAGACUCUGUAGUCCAUACUCUGUAGUCCAGGCUCUGUAGUCCAGGCUCUGUAGUCCAGGCUCUGUAGUCCAGGCUCUGUAGUUCAGGCUCUGUUGUCCAGGCUCUGUAGUCCAGGCUCUGUAGUUCAGGCUCUGUAGUCCAGGCUCUUUAGUCCAGGCUCUGUAGUUCAGGCUCUGUAGUCCAGACUCUGUAGUUCAGGCUCUGUAGUCCAGGCUUUGUAGUCCAGGCUCUGUAGUCCAGACUCUGUAGUCCAUACUCUGUAGUCCAGGCUCUGUAGUCCAGGCUCUAGUUCAGGCUCUGUAGUUCAGGCUCUGUAGUUCAGACUCUGUAGUUCAGGCUCUGUAGUCCAGGCUCUGUAGUUCAGACUCUGUAGUUCAGACUCUGUAGUUCAGACUCUAUGGUCCAGGCUCUGUCGUCCAGGCUCUUUAGUCCAGACUCUGUAGUUCAGGCUCUGUAGUCUAGGCUCUGUAGUCCAGGCUCUGUAGUCCAGACUCUGUAGUCCAGGCUCUGUAGUCCAGGCUCUGUAGUCCAGGCUCUAGUUCAGACUCUGUUGUCCAGGCUCUGUAGUUCAGGCUCUGUAGUCCAGGCUCUUUAGUCCAGGCUCUGUAGUUCAGGCUCUGUAGUCCAGACUCUGUAGUUCAGGCUCUGUAGUCCAGGCUCUGUAGUCCAGGCUCUGUAGUCCAGACUCUGUAGUCCAGACUCUGUAGUCCAGGCUCUGUAGUUCAGGCUCUGUAGUCCAGGCUCUGUAGUCCAGGCUCUGUAGUCCAGGCUCUAGUUCAGGCUCUGUAGUUCAGGCUCUGUAGUUCAGGCUCUGUAGUUCAGGCUCUGUAGUCCAGGCUCUGUCGUCCAGGCUCUGUAGUUCAGACUCUGUAGUUCAGACUCUGUAGUUCAGGCUCUGUAGUUCAGGCUCUGUAGUCCAGGCUCUGUAGUUCAGACUCUGUAGGCCAGGCUCUGUCGUCCAGGCUCUUUAGUCCAGACUCUGUAGUUCAGGCUCUGUAGUCCAGGCUCUGUAGUCCAGGCUCUGUCGUCCAGGCUCUGUAGUUCAGACUCUGUAGUCCAGGCUCUGUCGUCCAGGCUCUGUAGUUCAGACUCUGUAGUCCAGGCUCUGUAGUCCAGACUCUGUAGUUCAGACUCUGUAGUCCAGACUCUGUCGUCCAGACUCUGUAGUUCAGGCUCUGUCGUCCAGGCUCUGUAGUUCAGACUCUGUCGUCCAGGCUCUGUCGUCCAGGCUCUGUAGUCCAGACUCUGUCGUCCAGGCUAGGUAUUUCAGGCUCUGUGAUCUUCGACCCUAUAGUGUAAAUACAAAGAACUGUACAUAAAUAUGUGUAUAAACCUAAGAGGUAAAGAGUAAUGUAAAGGCAAAUCUAUUAUUAUACAUAUAUAUUAAUAUAUGUGAUGAUAUAUUUAUUAUGUGUAGAGAAAUGAUAUGAUAAAUAAUGUGAUGUUUA